GAAGCGGUGAGUUCCGAGUAGUGCACGUCGCUGGCAAACUGCCCAGGAGGCGGCCAACAGGACUGCACGGAAUGGAAGCCCAGAUCUCAGGACCAGCAAUACUCUGCACCGGGUGCCACACAACAUGAGCCUAUCCUUCUUGCUGCUGCUCUCCUUAGUACCAAUCGCAUAUGAUGAAGAUGUCGUGGGACCUCAUGUUGAUGUGCAGGUGGAAGUGGAAAACUCUACCAGUAUCCAUAUUAAGUGGGACUCACAUCUUCAUUCUGUAUUGCAAUGUGUUCUGGUCAUCUUCGUAAAAGGAAGCAAGGAAGAUGAGAUAUUUUUACUGCCCAGAAAUGGAAGUUUGAAGCUAACAGAUCGCAAGACUGGGACUCUUUACACUAUCAGUGUCAACUGUUUCAAUGGAGAAACGAUACUCAAGUCUUCAAAUAUCAGCAUUGAUACAGGUAUCGCGCCAAGUUUUCACCCAUUGACAUCUCUGUACACAUCAAGACCAGGAACUCAGUCGACAUUAGGCAAUCAACUGAAUGAUGCCAAGAUACUCAGUUCGGAUGUACUGACUGGAGCUGUGUUCGGUUGCAUUGGUGGCGUAAUCCUGAUAUAUCUGUCCUAUUCAUUUUAUAAAAAGUGGAGAAUGGAUGAAAGAUUCCGUACAUUCUUAAGGCUUCGCCGCAAUGCAGAAGUGGCGCCUUACUUCAUUUUUGGCGAGAACGAAGAGAAUGCUGGGUGAUCAAUUCAUCAUCCUGAAGAGACUUAUGCACAAUGUAAUUUUAAUGCCUUAUUUGCACAUUCUGCAAUUUGGAUUGUUAACGAUAUUCAAGCCUGUUCUGCAGAACUCUGUUGGAUUUUGAAACAGGAUGACAGAAUCACGGAAUACUUACAGCACAAGGGGAGGACAUUUGCCCCAUUGCAUCUGUGUUGUUCUCUAGAGGGGUAGUUCAUUAGUGUCUCCAUCUCCACCUUCUCCCCAUAACCCUGCAUUUCCUUCCUUUACAGAUAAUAAUCCAGUCCUCUCUUGGAAACUGUGGUUGGAUUUUCCCCUACCACAUUCUUAAGCAAUGUAUUCAGGAAACUAACUACUUGCUCUGUGAAGAUAUUCUUCCUCAUGUCGCCAUUGUUUCUUUUGUAAGUUUUUAAAAAAAAUCUGUGCCCUCUGCUUCUUGAUUUUUUUCCCAUUGUGAAUAGUUUCUUCUCAUUCUGUCCAAACCCCUCAUGAUUUUGAAUCCCUCUGUCAAGUCUUCUCUCAAAUUUUUCCUCCCCAAGAAGAAAAGUCCAAAUUUCUCCAGUUUAUGCAAUUGAAGUUCUUCAACCCUGGAACCAUUAUUGUGAAUGCUUUCUGCACUCUCUCAUGCCUUCACAUCCUUCCUAAAGUGUGUCACCCAGAACUGAAAAUAAUAUUCCAGUUUAUGCAAGUUUAACAUAGCUUCCUUACAUUUGAACUCUAUAGCCUUAUUAAUAAAACCAAGGAUUCUGAAUGCUUUAUUAACUUUCUCAAUCUGUCCUGCCUGCUUCUAUGAUUCCUACACAUAAGCUGUCAGGAUGCUCUGCUCUUGUACCCUCUUUAGAUUUGGAGACUUUACCUUAUCUUAUCACUUCAUGUUCAUAUGACCACAAUCACUUAACUUAAAACUUCUUGGCAUUAAAUUUCAUCUGGCACUUAUGUACCCAUUCCCCAACCUGCGUGUGUCUUUUUGAUGGUCUACACUAUCCUCCUCAUGGUUAAGAAAACAGAGAAGUUUUCUAUCAACUGCAAAUUUUGAAAUUGUGCUCUGCGUUCUGGAUGAGGUCAUAAAUCAGGAGCCAUGGGUCCUAAUGGACCCCUAGCAACUGAAUCAUAAACUUUCUUGAAUUCUACUGUGGGGAAGCUUAUCGAACGCCAUGCUGAAAUCCAUAUCAACCAGUUUACUCUCAUCUACCUGUUUGGUCACCUUCUCAAAGAACUCAAUAAGGUUUGUGAGGCACAACCUUCGCUUCACAAAACCGUGCUGACUAUCCCUAAUCAAUUUAUUCUUUUCUAGAUGAUUAUAAAUCCUAUGCCUUGUAACCUUUUCCAACACUUUACCAACAACUGAGGUAAGGCUCACAGGUUAUAAUUACCAGGGUUGUCUCUACUCCCCUUCUUGAACAGGGGAACCACAUUUGCUAUCCUCCAGUCAUCUGGCACUAUUCCAGGAGACAAUGACGAGUUAAAGAUCAAUGCCAAAGGCUCGGCAAUCUCCUCCCUGGCUUCCCAGAGGAUCCUAGGAUAAAUCCCAUCCGGCCCAGGGGACUUAUCUAUCUUCACACACUGUAGGAUUUCUAAUACCUCUUCCUUGUGAACCUCAAUCCCACCUAGUCUAGUAGCCUGUAUCUCAGUAUUCUCCUCGACAACAUUGUCAUUUUCUAGAGUGAAUACUGUUGAAAAAUAUUCAUUUAGUGCUUCCCCUAUCUCCUCUGACUCCACACACAACUUCCCACUACUAUCCUUGACUGGCCCUGAUCUUACUCUCGUCAUUCUUUUAUUCCUUAAAUACCUAUAGAAAGCCUUAGGGUUUACCCUAAUCCUAUCCGCCAACAACUUCUUAUGUCUCCUCCUGGCUCUUCUGAGCUCUCUCUUUAGGUCUUUCCUGACUACCUCGUAGCCCUCAAGCGCCCUAACUGAGCCUUCACAUCUCGUCCUAACAUAAGCCUUCUUCUUCCUCUUGACCAGAGAUUCCACUUCCUUCGUAAACCACAGCUCCCGUGCUCUACAGCUUCCUCCCUGCCUGACAGGUACAUACUUAUCUAGAACACACAGGAGCUUUUCCUUGAAUAAGCUUCACAUUUCUAAUGUGCCCAUCCCCUGCAGUUUCCUUCCCCAUUCUAUGCUCCCUAAAUCUUGCCUAAUCUCAUCGUAAUUGCAUUUCCCCCAGCUAUAACUCUUGCCCAGUGGUAUACACCUAUCCCUUUCCAUCACUAAAGUAAACAUAACAGAAUUGUGAUCGCUAUCACCAAAGUGCUCACCUACUUCCAAAUCUAACACCUGGCCGGGGUGAUUACCCAGUACCAAAUCUAAUGUGGCUUCACCCCUUGUUGGCCUGUCUACAUACUGUGUCAGGAAGCCCUCCUUUCUUCAGAGCUGUGUUGUGCAGAACUUGUUCAAAUACUUUUUGAAAGACAUUAACAGUAAUGCUUUCAUCUAACCUCUCUCUUAUGGCAUCAAAAUCACAAGCAAGCUAGUUAUUAUUUCACCACUAACUAAUCUAUGUUGGCUUUCUUUUCUUCAUCCAUAACUGCCAAAUUUACUAUUAAUUUUGUACCAAAUGAUUGGAGCUUCUUCACCACUAAAGUUAAACUGACUGCCCUAUAGUCCUUGAUUUAUCUUUGUACACAGUUUGAAGAAAGGUGUAACAUUUGCAAUUUCCCAGUCCUCUGGCACCACCUGCUGAAUCAUUGGAAGACUGGAAAAUUAUGGUCUGCCAUUUCUAAUGUCACGUCUGUCAGUAUCCUUAAAUGCAUUUCAGUGAGACCUGGUGCCUUAUCAACUUUCCAGGUGGCAUAUCCAAUAACACUUCCCAUUUUAGCAUUAUCUGCACAGCAUCCUCUUCCUUGAUAAGGAUAGAUAAAAAGUUAAUAUCCUUGCCAUACGUCUUGCUUUCAUUUGUAAAUCCCCUUUAUGGUUCCUAAUUGUCCCUGCUGCACCUUUUACCAAAUUUUCCUAAUUAUAUACCUGGAGAAGGCUUCUGAAUUCACCUUUAUUUUAGCUGCCAGUUUCUUUUAUAUACUCUCUCUUUGCUUCUAUAGCUUUUUUUUUAACUUGUCCUCUAAAACCUCUGUACUCGGUCUAGGUCUUGGCUCACCUGAAAUUUGACAUAACACAUUGCUUUAUUUUCAUUUUACUUUCUAUCUCAUUUGUCAUCACGAAAUUCUACGAUGAUUUGGCUACCUUUCCCCUGGUGGAAUAUGCCUUAAUUGUGCCUGAAGGAUCUCUUCUUUAAAGGGAGCUAGUGGUUUAGUUUCAGUCUUGUCUGUCACUCUUUGAUACCAAUUUACCUGGGUGAUAAUGAAACAACAUUUUUGUCAGUAUUCAGGUUGAAUAUUGGUUUGUCAGUGAGAUUCACUUAUUCACUCAGAACACUACUAUACCCUGUCUCUACGUAGUCCUAAGCUGCAGGGUAACUACAUCCAUUAAUAUACUACACAUAAAGCUCUAAGCCUCAUGGACAUGCUGCAGUGACACCAGCUGCUUAUUUUUAUUUCCAUUUUUUCAAACUCUGCUGUAUGACUGAUCCGGCUCCUGAUUCCCUCUUCAGUAAGGUGAUGGACCUGAAGCCAAGCCUUCACUUUAUCUUCUCCCUCGUGCUGUCAGUUUCUUCCUGUGCCAUUCCAGCACCAGGUUCUCUCCUUUGGUAACAAACAAAUUUAUCUGGUUGAAAAAGAAGCAAUUGGAUAUAUCCAUGCUGGUUUUUGAUAGCUGUCGACCUCUAGAUCUGUAAUGCUCACUAUAACGCUCACAAUCCUUCUGUUUGCAGUUACGUUCAGACCUUUUGUGAAUCGGAGCAUUCUUCAUUCUGCGAGUUUUUACCUCUUAUAAUUUCAUUGAAAGAGGAUUCUUUCUCAUGAGCUUUAGAGUUUGAUAAGUCACAUUUUGUAACUUGUUUAUUUCUGUAACUUUGUAAAAUCAAUCUGAAUAAUAUAUAUUAUGAUGAA